UGCUGCUGGAUCUCUGGACUGAUGAUCAUCAUCACACCCCUUGGUAUGGGCCUCCAGCUGGAAUUCUGUGACUCCAAUGAUAUUGAUCAUUUUGGCUGUGAUGCAUCUCCUCUCUUUAAGAUUUCAUGCUCAGAUACUUGGUUUAUAGAACAGAUGGUUAUAAUCUGCGCAGUGUUGAUAUUCAUUAUUACACUGAUAGGUGUCAUUCUUUCCUACACAUUUAUCAUCAGGACAAUUCUAAGAUUUCCUUCUGCUUCUCAAAGGAAAAAAGUUUUCUCUACCUGUUCUUCUCACAUAAUUGUUGUUACCAUCACAUAUAGCAGCUGUAUUUUCAUCUACGUCAAGCCGUCAGCCAAAGAAGAAGUGGACAUCAAUAAAGGAGUAUCGGUGCUCACCACAUCUGUUGCCCCUUUGUUGAACCCUUUCAUUUAUACUUUGAGGAACAAGCAAGUGAAACAAGCUUUCAGUGACAUGAUCAAAAAAAUUGCACUUAUUUUACACAAGUAA